AUGGCCCCCCUGGCUCAGGCCCUGGCACUGCUGGCAAUGACCGUGGCCACUGCGGCCAUCACGACGGUGCCCCUGGACAUGGCCCAGAACUCCUUUGAUGACCAGUACCUCAACUGUGGCCCUGCCAUGACUGAGGCAUUGCCGGCCCUCAACAGCUCCGAGUUCCAGGAGAACAAGAAGUUUUCCCAGGUCUGGGUAAAGGCCAUGGCUGAGUGGCAGAAGCGGGGCUCCUCUUCAUCCCCUCUGACCAAAGAGGAGGCCAUCGCUCUCAUGGCCUACACGAUGGGGGACGUGUACAGGGAGUUCAAUGAAGCUGUGCGCACAGCUGGAAAGGAAUACCGGGACAACUUCCACUUCAAAACGCUGCAUUUCCUGCUGACCCAGGCCCUCCAGAAGCUGAGACGGCCUAAUGAGUGUCAGAACGUGUUCCGGGGAAUAAAAACGUACCAGUUUAAGGUGAAGACUGGCGAUAAAGUCCGCUUCGGUCAAUUCGCUUCAUCAUCGCUGGACAAAACGGUGGCCCAGCGUUAUGGGACAGACACAAUGUUUGAGGUGUACACAUGUCAUGGCGUGGACAUCCAGGCUUUUUCCUAUGAUUCUAGAGACCGUGAGGUGCUGAUCCCACCCUUUGAGACCUUUGAGGUCACUGAUGUCAACACAGAGGGAAGCACAAUGAACAUUGGUCUUCGCUCCACUGGGAACUCCAGCAACUACAACUGCGAGUGGCUGCAAGGUGACAUCUUGGGAACAACCUGGGGGGAUGGAGACGUUCAGUGGGAGCCUCCCCAGGAACUCUCCCCACCUUGGGGGUGUUCUCCUGGCUACUGUGGCCAUGGCAGUGGCCAUUGGAACCCUCUAAGCCACGAGGCAAUCAAGGUCACGGUGGUCCUGGAGGCCACUGUGGAAGGCCACCAGGACGAAGGCCACAAGGAUCCCCAGAGAAAUGAAGCCACCAAGACUACCGAGGCCAUUAUGACCACUAUGGCCCCUUUCUCCACUGUGACCACUGUGGCCGUUAUUGCCACUACAGCCACUCUGACCACUUUUGUCUCUAUGACCACUCUGGCCACUCUGGGCAUUAAAAUCAUCAUGGCCACCAUGGCCACCGUGGUUCCCAAGGUGACCAAGGUCACCGUGGCCACCACAGCCAUGGGGGCCACCACAGUCAUUGUAACAAGGCGUCCAUCCAGGGGAAGUCCCUCUUAG